AUGCGGGGGGCCAUCCUGAGGACGUACAUCUGCAAUGUCGUCUUCAAGGCUCUCUUGGAAGUGGCCUUCAUUGUGGGCCAGUACGCCUUGUACGGGUUCCAGCUGAAGCCCCUCUACAUCUGCAGCCGCUGGCCCUGCCCCAACACUGUCAACUGCUACAUCUCCCGGCCCACUGAGAAGACCAUCUUCAUCCUCUUCAUGCUGGGGGUGGCCUGCGUGUCCCUGCUGCUCAACCUGGUGGAGAUCUACCACCUGGGUCUCACCAAGUGCUGGCAGGGGCCAAGCCCGAAGUCCUGCACCCUGCCCAGCCCUGGUGGCCCUGCGGGGCCCCACAGCACCCGCAUCACCCUGCCCGGCAGUGGCAGCCCCGUGGCUGCUGGCAGAUCCCCCCAUGACUUGGCACCCCUGGGGAAGGCAGGUGCAUGGCUGGGGGUGGCCAGUGGGUCCCAUGGGAAGGCGCGAGCAGCAGACCUGGCAGUGUGA